CUCUCUCUCUCCCUCCACUGUUCUCCGGUCGUCUCAGUAGGAAACAUGGCGGCCGUCAGUAAGUACUUGACAGCGAAGAACUCCGCUGUAGCUGGCGGUAUCCUACUCGUUUUGUACUUCCUAAAGCAGAGGCGAAGAUCCGCUGGACUGAACAGGAAGAAGGGUUCUUCAAAUGAUCUGAACAAUGAGAAAGUUGUCAAGAAAGAGAAAGCUGCUGUGGACAAGCUCUUUUUCAUCCGGAUCUCACGGAUCAUCAGGGUUAUGGUGCCGAGAUUCUUCUGCAAAGAGACAUGGUACCUGCUCCUGAUUGCAGUAAUGCUUGUGACUCGGACCUAUUGCGACGUCUGGAUGAUUCAGAACGGCACUUUGAUUGAAAGUGGAAUCAUUAACAGAGAUAUCAAAGUAUUCAAGAGGCACUUUUAUUCCUACCUGACUGUCAUUCCUGGGAUCGCCCUGGUGAACAACUUCCUGAAGUUGGGCCUGUAUGAACUAAAGCUGUGCUUUCGCGUGAGACUUACCAAGCAUCUCUACGAUGAGUACCUUAAGGGAUAUACAUACUACAAAAUGGGAAACCUGGAUAACCGCAUUGCUAAUGCAGAUCAGCUGCUGACACAGGAUGUGGAAAAGUUCUGUAACAGUGUGGUGGAUCUUUACUCCAACCUCAGCAAGCCCCUGUUGGAUAUCGGUUUAUACAUUUUCAAAUUGACAACAGCAAUUGGUGCCCAGGGUCCUGCAACUAUGAUGGCCUACCUGGUGAUCUCCGGCCUCUUCCUGACCCGUCUACGUAGACCUAUCGGUAAGAUGACAGUGAGCGAACAGAAGUACGAAGGAGAAUACCGAUACGUCAACUCUCGUCUCAUCACAAACAGUGAAGAGAUCGCCUUCUACAAUGGAAACGUAAGGGAGAAACAGACAAUUCAUUCAACCUUCAGGAAACUGGUCGAUCAUCUGCACAAAUUCAUCUUCUUCCGUUUCACCAUGGGAAUGGUUGAUAGCGUUAUUGCCAAGUAUUUCGCUACCGUUGUUGGGUAUUUAGUUGUCAGUCGUCCUUUCCUUGAUUUAUCUCAUCCUCGACAUCUGACCAGCUCACACGCUGAACUGCUGGAGGACUACUACCAGAGCGGCCGUAUGCUGCUGCGUAUGUCACAGGCGUUGGGCAGAAUUGUGCUUGCAGGCAGAGAAAUGACACGACUGUCAGGCUUCACCACUCGCAUCACUGAGCUCAUGAAGGUCCUGAAAGAGCUGAAUUCUGGGAAAUACGAACGCACCAUGGUGUCUCAGUCAGAGAAGGAUGGUUCAGAAAAGCUCACACUGAUACCUGGAAGUGGAAGAAUCAUCAAUGUAGACAAUAUCAUCAAGUUCGAUCACACGCCCCUGGCUACACCUAAUGGAGACAUUCUGAUCAGAGAUCUGUGUUUUGAGGUGAAAUCCGGAGCCAAUGUUUUGGUGUGUGGUCCCAACGGAUGCGGAAAGAGUUCACUUUUCCGGGUUCUUGGAGAGUUGUGGCCCCUUUUUGGUGGGAGUUUGACGAAACCAGAGAGGGGGAAGCUCUUCUACGUCCCUCAGAGGCCUUACAUGACCAUCGGCUCAUUGAGGGAUCAGGUGAUCUACCCAGACACCCAUGAGGACCAAAGGAAGAAAGGCAUUUCUGACCAGGUGCUGAAGGAAUACCUGGAUAAUGUCCAGUUAGGACACAUUUUGGAGAGAGAGGGGUCAUGGGACAUUGUUCAGGACUGGAUGGAUGUGCUCAGUGGAGGAGAGAAGCAGAGAAUGGCGAUGGCCAGGCUGUUCUACCACAAGCCUCAGUUUGCCAUCCUGGACGAGUGCACCAGUGCUGUGAGCGUAGAUGUGGAGGACUACAUCUACAGUCACUGCAGAAAGGUUGGCAUCACCCUGUUCACAGUCUCUCACAGAAAGUCCUUGUGGAAGCAUCAUGAGUACUACCUCCAUAUGGACGGCAGAGGAAACUAUGAAUUCAAACUCAUCACCCCUGAAACUGUGGAGUUCGGCUCUUAGAGGAAAAACAACAGCUCUAUACUAUCAUUGGCCCUAGUGAGGGGCCCUAACUGUUCACUUCUUAAAGGGACAGUACACCCAGAAAUUACAAUUCUGUCAUAAUUUACUCUUUCUUCUCUUGAAACCAAAAUAAGGUAGCUGUUGACGUUUUUGGGUGGCCUUUCCCUUUAAGGAGUCACCUGCCAACCUAAUCUAGGAGUUUGAUUUUAAUAGCCAUAACCUUUUUUUUGGAUGAAACUGUGUUUAGAGAUUUAUUAACACUACUUUUGUCCUCAGUGAUUGUAUAUAAUUUUGUAAUUUAAGCAGUCCAAUUUAUAGGACAUCCGUUAAUCACGCGUGAGAGCGUAUACCAAGGAAAUACGUCUUGUGUCAGUGCACUGAUUUGUUUAAUAAAUGAAAUUUGUCUGUAUAGGCCGAGCUGAACUGAGCAUUAGAUACCCGAUAAUGAUCUAAUAUUGCCUUUUUCUCAUCAGCUAAGCCUGUCUUUAAGCUACUAAGUGGCCUUUCGUGCUAAUUGCAGCAUGGUUGGGUGGUCUGGAUGUGUGCAAGUUGUUUUUUGGUGCACUUUACCUGGUGUGGUGUUCUGGAAAACCAGGAAGCCUUGUGCAACCGUUACGCGUCUAAUCAAUGAGAAGUUGCCUGUGCACUUGUUUACUUCAGCACUGUUGGCAUUUCUUGAUGUGGAAGGAAUCAGGAACGGUUGUCGUGUGUAAGAGCUGUAAGAGACAUUGUUGUAGCACUUCACACAUUGAGCAAAUGAACCACUUUGCUGUAUGUUUUCAUUAAAAAAGGAGAUAUUAAUACUA